CAAUGGGGAGCGGCGUUGUUGGCGGGCGCGGCGCGAUGGCGGCGCUGUGGGCCGGGGGCCGCAGGUUUUCCCUGCUGCACUGCUCCGUCCACAAUCCCUUCCCGCUGCUCCCAAACCCUCUGGAGCCACCUUCCACACCCUCCAUUCCUUCCGCUCUCUGCCGCAUCCUGGUGCCAGCCUGGGGYUUCCAGCAGAUCCGUGGAAAAUCUCGAGGGAACGAGUACCAGCCUAACAACUGGAAGCGGAAAAGAACACACGGCUGGAUCAAACGUAUCAGCACUCCCGGUGGGAUCGCWGUCAUCCUGCGCCGCAUGAUAAAGGGCAGGAAAUCCCUGAGCCACUGAGGGACCCUCUGGAUCUGCCAGGAAUUCGGGAUGAUCCCACCAAGACAUGGAGAUGGUCCUCAUCCCAGCUGUUCCUGUCGUMUGGGAGGGGUCACGGUGG